AUGACAAGUUACAGAAGCGAAGGAUUCUUCAACCCUGCCUACCAUGACAGCGAGACUCUGGAAAUUGAUAGGUUGUCUCCUAGUAAAACCCCCCACACUAACCCCUAUGCCAGGAGUGACAGGGCAGACGGACAUUACUCCACGGGUCAGACCAGCGGUAAUGUUGCUGUGGAGAGAGUGCCAUCGGGGCGCUGGCAUGAGGAGAGCUCUAGGGGGAGAGAAAGCAUCCCCAUGGGUCUCAUCUCGACGCACUCAGGGAGUCCGGCGUGGCAGCAUGACCUCAAUCACAGUAUGUUCCAAAUCCCACCUGACUCCCAGUAUGAUCAAUCACCUCCUGUCCGCCUUUCUUCUGCAAUGUCAGGUAACAUGACAAUGAGAUGGAGGGGAAUGACGAUGAGAAGGAUGAGCAUGUUUCCUAACGGGGAUCCCGCCCAUGUAGCCUUCACCGAGGACGCCAUCAGGAACGAGAUGGAGAAUGAGGAACAGAACCUGGUCAAGGAGCUCGUUGCCCUGUCAACACGAGACCGAAUUCAUGCCAUUCGGGAUCUUCCAAUAAGCUUAGACGAGAAGAAACAUAUCAGGAGCCAAGUGCUGGCCUUCAAGUCUUCCAGGCAAUCUCACCAGUUCACAUGUUUUGCAGAUUUCUCUGAGAAUGUGUCACUGUCUUUCCGCAGGUGUGGUUACAGUAUAAGUUCAGCCAGGCAGAGCCUGGAGCUGUGGCAAGGCAUCAUGAAAGAGAUUGGUGGCAAGUUUGGCUCCAGUGUCCUCAUCUAUUUCGUGUUCCUCAAGUGGCUGCUCAUGUUCAACAUUUUCUCCUUCCUGGUCAACUUUGGCUUCAUCACCAUCCCGCUGCUGGUUUACAACCCUUUUUCCAGUAUACCUCCCAAUGUGAGCUUCAGAGGACUGGAGAUACUAUCUGGAGCUGGUUACUUCCAGCAUACUGUCUUGUACUACGGUGGCUACAGCAAUGAAACCCUGCAUGUCCUGGCGGACUACAACAUGCAGUUGGCCUAUUUCUUCACCAUUGCAGUCUACAUGCUUCUGUGUGGAAUUACACUUAUCUUCAGCAUGGACAGCUCAUUCAAGAAAAACUACGUACUAGCAGACCCAACUUCAAACAGUGCAUGGCAGCUUCUCUGCAGCUGGGACUUUAGCAUUACCAAUGAAAGAGCAGUGAGACAGCGCAAGAACAAUCUCCGUGUCCAACUCAAGGAGUCUUUGUCAGAGAAGGCCCAGAGGGAGUUGCUAACCCUCUCUGAAAAGCUGAAACACUUUGGGGUUUAUCUGGGUUCCUGGCUCCUAUCCACCGGCUUGGCUGUCGGAUGUGGAGCUAGCAUCUAUUAUCUCUGCCAAUACGAACAGCAGCAGGCAACAGAUGCUGCCAACUGGUCUCUGCUUCAGGAGGCAGAGACUCUCCUGGUUCCCUUUGUGGUGUCUCUGAUGAACCUGGUUGUCCCACUAUUCUACUCCCUCUUCAACAAGUUUGAGCCCUACUCCAGCCAGCGCAGACAGAUCUACGCUCUGGUCGUCAGAAACGUGUUUCUCAAGAUGUCCAUUCUGGCCGUCUUGUGUUAUUACUGGAUGAACGUGGUGGCGAAGAAGUUUUCAUGUUGGGAGUCCGUUGUCGGUCAGGCUUUGUACCGGCUGGUCAUUGUUGAUUUCCUUUUUCUGAUGUUGGGAUCCUUCUUUGGAGAGUUUCUUAGCAAUGUGAUUGGGACGAGAUUGCUACCUCGUCUGGGGGUACCAGAGUUUGACGUAGCCAGAAAUGUCCUUGAACUCAUCUAUGCACAGACUCUGGCCUGGAUUGGAAUAUACUUCUCUCCUCUGCUGCCUGCAAUCCAGAUCUUCAAAUUUUUAAUUUUGUUUUACUUAAAGAAGGUCAGCCUGAUCCAGAACUGCCAGCCUCCGCGACGGACGGGCAGAGCAGCUCAGAUGCAAACAAUCUUUAUUGCCCUCCUCUUCUUCCCUUUCUUUGUGGGUGCCCUGUCCAUGGUUGCAUACACUGCCUGGAGCCUGACGCCCUCGGAGCAGUGCGGCCCUUUUCGGGGACUCAACAGCACCUUCAGUGUGGUUGGAGUGUGGAUAGAUGAUCUGGAGGAGAUCGCUGGUUCUCAAUGGGCCGUCUGGAUCUACCAACAUGUCAUCAGAAGUGAAAUUUUCUACUUUCUUAUCUCACUCAUCAUCAUUGUCAUUAUGUACAUCUUCUGGCAAGUCACUCAGGGUCGCAAGCAGCUUAUUGGUCUACUGAGACAACAGAUUGUUAAUGAAGGGAAAGACAAGUCCUUCUUGUUAGACAAGCUCCAGAACCUCCAAACAUCUCAGCCUGAUAAAAGAUCCAAACAGAAGAAUCAAAGAAAGCACUCCAAGCAGCGUCCGGAUGACCGCUCUUCAACCGGUCAGUCCAACUCAAACGUCAUGGUUCAGGCGUUACUCGCCCGCCAGCAGUUUGAACAGGAGGAAGAGAGACGCAGCACUGGUGGAGUGCCUGUUCCCUCCAACGCCUCCAGCACUCUGAUUCAGGCCAUGUUGGCCCGCCAGAGAGCUGACGACCAGGAUGAAGAUAAACACUCGCCCUUCUCGAGCGCCUUCGCACAGGCCGCGCAGGCCAGACAGAGGGCCGAGGGUCGAGAGACGGAUGAAUACUACAGCACAGGUUUCUCUGAAAGCCGCAUCACCACAGCCAGCAUCGUCACACAGUCGAUGCAAGCCAGACAGAGACCAGAGCAGGAUGGAGCAGACGAUGCACAUGACCUGCCGUCCUCUGUGUCGAGUGUCAUGAUGCAAGUCAUGCAAGCCAGACUGAGAGCAGAGGAAGAGGACAGGCCUCAGCGGCUCCCCGCUUCCCCACAGAACUCAGCUCCAGCAGGCUCCAGCGCGCUCAUACAGGCCAUGUUGGCCCGGCAACAGGCCCAGAAUGAGUACGAUGACGGUUACUGACCAAGGUCGUCUGACUUGGUCUUACUGUGGGGAGAGGAACCCAACUGAAAAGGACAACGGAUGACUGAAAUCACUCUUUACGAUUUGAGUCGUCACCCAUGGAUAAAUUAGCAUAAGUACAUAAGUACGUAAAUGGUGUAAUUUCUCCAGAUUUGCAAUAUUCAAUCCUGCUGUAUAUCCAGAAGAACAAAGUGAUAAGAUGUCUACUGUAGCAGGGCCAGAAGAGA